CGCAAGGGGAGCAAUAUCUCACUUUUCUGCACACUUCACAGUUUUUCCUAGAAUCUCAUUACGACACGCAAUUUAUCCUUGUUAACGGUCUUGUUAAUUAGUUGUUUUUGACGCUAGGAACCCGAGCUUAAAGGUAACUUACAGUAAAACCAGUAUGAGGCCUGUGACUCAGCGCACUGCAAACCAGCUGCUCCACAACAAGUUCGUUGUGGUUUUAGGAGAUUCAAUUCAGCGUUCUGUUUACAAGGAUCUAGUCCUUAUGUUGAGGAGAGAUGCGUAUUUGAGUGUAUCACAGCUAAAAAGCAAGGGUGAGUUUUCCUUUGAGCAAGACUGUCUGGUAGAAGGUGGCCGACUUGGUGAAAUGAAUAAUGGCACUGCCUAUAAAGAAACUAGACAGUACAGGACGGAUCACCACUUGAUCCGUUUCUAUUUUGUCACGCGUGUUUGUUCACGCUAUAUGGAGAGCAUCUUGACAGACUUUAAAACGGGAAUGAAGCCAGACCUGGUCAUCGUCAAUUCUUGUGUGUGGGAUAUAUCAAGGUACAGCCGUGAAUGGGCAACAGAAUAUAAGGACAACCUCAACAAGUUCUUCAGCAACCUAAAGACCAUUUUGCCUGCAGAAAGCCUGGUUGUAUGGAAUAUGACCAUGCCAUUGGGAAAAAAGAUUGUGGGUGGAUUCUUGGUUCCAGAGAUCCAACACAUGGGUCCCACAUUGAGAUUCGAUGUGAUUGAAGCUAACUACUUUGGAGCCACUCUUGCCAAUGAGUACGGCUUUGAUGUGCUAGAUUUGCACUUCAAGUUCCGGUUCAGCCUGCAACAUCGUAUGCAGGAUGGUGUACACUGGAAUGCUGUCGCCCACCGGCAGAUUACAUGCCUGCUGCUGGAGCAUGUAGCACAGGCUUGGGGAGUGGAACUGCCAAAUCUGGACAUGCUUAAGGCAGACAAUCACCCACCAUUACAUGACCGCCAUAACUGGAAGACUGCUACCUCAAGUGCUCCCUUACGCCAUCAAGGUCCUCCGUAUAGCAACGAGAGAGGCUUCAAUCCAUCUGUGAUGCCUGCCAUCCACUAUAACAAUGCUCCAGCCUGGACACAAGGCCAAAUGAUGAGGCAGUUCAGUGGCUUUGGUUCACAGUUCAACUGUGGUGCACAGUUCUACAGCGACACUUUCCCCCCCCACUUAACAGCAGGAUACCAGAGCUUUGAAAGGGAACCCUUCUACAGAGGUGUUAAUUCAUCUGCUGCCCCCUACUGGCCAGUCAACAACUUGGUCAUGAAGCACAAACAGAGAAGACCAUAUAAUUCAUAUAAUCCAUACACAAGAGAGAGACCACGUGCUUACAGAUACUAAAUCCACAUUCUGCAUGGCAUUUAAACACCUUGUUUGAAUGAUAGGAAUUGUUGUUUUGGAGGGGGUGUUUAUUAAGUACGGUGUCCUUUUAUUCAUAUAUUUUCUUAUAAGUGAUGCUUGUUUAUAGAGCCUUUCUAUGUUAUAUGAUUCUCAUGUUACAGCUGUGAUAUUGUAAUUGAUUUGCCAUUGAUGGAAAAAUUAAGCACCACAGAACAAAACAU